AUGUUGGAGCCCAGUGUUCCUCGACAUGUACUUGAAAGAAGCCGCGCACCAGCUUGUGCUACGUGGAGAGCAUUGCCAAAGAAGGUGACAGCGAGCAGCCAUCAUAGCCAUGCACUUCCCUGCCUUGUGGGCGCGCUUCUGGCGCCAGCUCUCAAGCAUACGAAGCGGAAGGCUUUGGCAAAACCCCACCUGGUGAGAAACAAGUGGUACCACAAGGUGGGCUGGCCAGGCAGCUUGCCCGUCAGUUCUUCCGCAGAGCAAGAGCAGCGGCCAACGCAUCUUUUGCAAGGCCACAGAGAUUCCUUCCUGGAUUUUCUCAGAGAGAACUUCGGCAAGGAGUUGGAGAAGAAAAUGCAAGGAGAGGUGAGACUUACCGAUGAUAGCAUCGUGCUCAUCUCGCAGGAGGAGGCCCAUCUCCGGAACCUCGAGCCUUUGGAGCUGAUCGGGGGCGCUGCGGCGGUUCGGUUGGCGCAGCUGCAGCAGGGCCUGCAGGCGCGAAGAUUCUCCGGGCAGUUGCUGGUGGACGAGUUGUACUAUGUCGAGAGCGAGGACACCCCGGACCUUGCCUUGCGCAAGCAUAGCAAUUGGUGCGCCACUGCCUUUGUGCCAGUUCUGUGCCGGGACUUGCAGACAAAUUGCACCUUCAAGGUGCACGUGGAGGUCGGGAAGUUCCCCAUGUUGACGGAGUUUUGUGGCUUCAUCCUCGGGGGGAACCCCUACGUCAUUGUGCAUCGCCUCGAGCGGAUCUCCGGGACCUACUUCUCCAGGCAAGUGAAACAGGAUGGCCUCAGCCACACGCUGGAGCUAGUCACAGAGGAAUACUCCCGGAUCCGCUGUGUUGCAGAGAGGGACUUGGACGUGGAAAGCGUGCACUUCUUUCUGCCAAAAAGCAGAAUCCCCUUGCCGGCAGCUCUCUUCCUCCGGGCUAUUGGCCUUUCUGCUGAUGAGAUCCGGGGCUGCCGCAACGGCGAGUGGAUCUGGGAGCAUGGCGGAGGGAGGAAAGACGACGAUGACGAGGACAUUGAUCUGGAGGAUGCAUGCCAGCAGCUGUGCAGCCUGCUGGAUGUGCAGAUGGAGGGUCUCAAAGGCGAUCCUGUAGCAGCCUUUAACUUCAAGACCAGUUGGUCGCUAGGCAGCCGUGUAGGGCCUCUAGGCCGCCGGCGCCUGAACGAGCGCCUAGGGUUGAGGCUCACAGAGGAGAAGCUGACUCCCAAAGACCUCCUGGCCACGACAGACCUGGUGGUGGACUCUUUGCGUGGAACCACAGCGCUGCAGGUAGAUGACAUCGACUCCCUGGUGAACAAGAGGUUGCGGCCCGCAGGGAUGAAGCUGCAGGGUCUUGUGAGAGAUUGGCUGAAGGAGGUUGUCGAAAAGGCCGGCAGCUUUCCGAUCUUUGUUGAUUUGACCAGCGCCACCGGAGCAAUCCGGAAGAGAGAUCAUCGCACAAGGGAGCUGGAGAAGUUCUGUUGUGACAUGCUCUGGAAAGAGAUGAACAACCGCCAGCUCUUUGACGAGGUGAACCCUCUGGCGGAGAUGAUGCAAGCGCGAAGGAUUACUCAGGUGAGCGAGUUGGGUCUCGACAAGAUCAAGCGGAUUCAGAGCAUCCGUCUCAUCCAUUCCACUCAGUAUGGCAGGGUCUGCCCAAUCGAGACGGGGGAAGGGAUGAGCGCGGGCCUGGUCAGCGCUAUGGCUGCCAACGUGCGGCUCAGCAAAGACGGGGAGAUGCAGGCUCCACAUCAGCAGGUGAUCUCAGGCAAGCGCCUCACUCUGCCCUGGAGGUACCUCCCGCCACGAGAGCAGCUUCAAGCGCGCGUGGUGAAGGCGGACAGGGCCUUCCGGCCCAAUGGGUCGCUGGCUGCGCCCGUGCGCCCCAAGCGGGGCGGCGAGGUGGAGGAGCCAGAUUGGCAGGAUCCGGCCAAAGUUCCUGUGACGCACCUGGGGCUCUUCGCCACUUGUUUGCCGGAGCAAGUGGAGUACAUGGCUUGCGGUGCUCCCACUUCUCCGGGCGUUGGGCUCAUCCCUUUUGUGGAACACGAUGAUGCGAACCGGCAGCUGAUGGGCGCCAAGCACCAGCAGCAGGCAGUGCCUACCCUGUGGCCCGAGCGGCCCGUUGUUGGCAGCGGUCUGGAGGCCCACGUGGCGGCUUACAGCGACCGCACCCGGCGUGCCGGGCUGGAUGGCCAGGUUCUCUGCAGCGAUGGCCAAAACGUGACGGUGGCACGGGGCGUCGUGAGACAAGCCGACCCAAUUGACCAGGAGCUCCGGCAGAGACUGCGGGGCUUGUAUCAAAGCUCAUGGGCGUCAAUUGCUUCGUUCGAGGAUUUCAACGAGCUGUGUAUGCGGUCGUCCACGGAUGAGCUGCAGCGGCUGGCGGCCAUCUUCUCCGAUCCCAAGGUAGAGGUGGGCGCAAAGGAGCGGGAGCUAGCCAGCAGCCUUCAGCGCGCCGGUGUCGACAAAUCUUUGUGGAUGCCACUGGCAUUGGGCUUGCAGGAAGAACCUUUGCCUGAGCUGCCACUGCCGGAAGGGUGGGAAGAAACAGAAUAUUGCGUACACACAGAAAUGAUCCACCAUGCGCUGAAAGAUGCCGGCGAGACCAAGAAGCACACUCUGGCGCAUGACACACCGGUGGCUGAAGCUGGCGAAGUCUUAUGCGAAGGAGACGUAGUAGCUGAAGGACAAGGCAUCAGUGGUGGGGAGUUGGCCUUAGGCAAGAACCUGGUGGUUGCCUACAUGCCUUACAAGGGCUACAACUAUGAGGAUGCCAUAGUCAUUUCUCAGCGCUGCGUCCGUGAGCAGCUUCUGACCUCCGUCCAUGUGGAGGAGCUCGUGAAGGAGCUCAGCGAAGGUGAGGUGCUGCAAAGCCCGGACGGCUUGGAUUUCAUGGAGAAUGGCAUGGUGCAGGAGGGCACCUGGUUGCAAGCGGGCGACGCCGCCAUUUGCACAAACUACAAGACGUUGCAAGUUCCUGACGGAGUCCAGGGCCGGGUCAUUGACUCGAGCGUCCGAGCCAUGGUGGUUCCCCAGAUGGGCGAGUUGAUGGAAAAGAGAGUAGCUGUGGUGCUCUUAGCUGUCCAGUGCCCCAUUCAGAUUGGUGAUAAGCUCUCUGGACGCCACGGGAACAAGGGCAUUGUCUCAAUCAUCGAGGAUGAGAAUAACAUGCCCUACCUGCCAGAUGGGACCUGCGUGGAUGUUUGCUUGAAUCCGUUGGGCGUUCCGUCCCGCAUGAACGUGGGCCAGAUCUUCGAAAACAUCCUGAGCUCGGCGGGGCGCUGGAAUGGCGAGGAGUACCGCGUCGGCUCCUUCGAUGAGAUGUACGCUGAGGAGGCUUCCAGAGGCCUCGUCCUGGAGGCGCUGCGUCGGGCCCAGGAGGGCACAGGCAACAAGUGGUUGCUGGACGCCGCCUACCCGGGCAAGACCAAGGUCUAUGAUGGGCGCACUGGGCUGCCGCUGGAUCAGCCCGUGACGGUGGGCAUCUCGUACAUCAUCAAGUUGUGCCACAUGAUCAAGGAGACAAGAUUCACGUCCGGGAAUCGGGAGGACGAGGUUACAAUGUUAUCACGCAGCAGCCCAUCAAGGGGCGCAGCAAGGGUGGCGGCCUCCGCAUGGGCGAGAUGGAGGUGUCCGGUCUCAUUGGCCACGGCGCCCCCUUCACACUCCAGGAGCUGCUGA